ACUGACCGCCACCGUCCUGUCCCUCCAGUCCCUUUUCCACAGUCCGCACCCAAAGAUUUUCCUAUCUCUACUUUAUCUGAUUCUGCAUCUGCUGUUCGGUCCAACCAUCCAUUCCUUGCAACAUCGCAGAAGCAGCUCAUAGUGCUUCUCUCUCACCCCCCCCGCUCUUUCACGAAUUCGACGAGUAACGACUAUGGCGACACCCGCUCCCACAUCUAGAACGCGCGAAGCGCCUCAAGGCGACGAAGAAGCAGCUGCGGAGCUGAAGCUGGGAGAGUUCCAAGACGUGGAUGCGCUCACGCACUCUGAAGCGGCGUUGGUUAUCAAUGCUCUCGUGGCGAAGAGGCGCAUGGAUAGGAAGAACAUCAACGAGACUGAGAUGCUAACCAAGACACAAAUUUACCUUGAUCACUUUGCGCGCUUUAAACGGAAAGAGAACGUCGAAGCUGUGGAGCGUCUCCUGUCUGCGCAUAAGGAGCUGGCAAAAUUUGAACGAGCACAACUUGGUUCUCUCUGUUGCGAUUCUGCCGAAGAAGCAAAGACCCUGAUCCCCAGUCUCACGGAUAAGAUAUCCGACGACGAUUUGCAGGAGCUGCUAGAUGAGAUCACCAAGUUGAUGGGCUACGGGAACUGAACACCGACUCUGGGUU